CUCGCUGUAGUCCUCUCCCCUCAUCUGUCGGCUGCCUCACUGGCAGGCGGCUGCACGGGCGGACUCCGGUCUGCGGCAGCUCCGUGUAGCCGCUCAUCAUGUGACUGGUGCGGGAGCGGAGGGGUGGGGCGAAAGCUGUCAGCAGGAGCAUACGGCGCAUAGCUGCUGCCGGGUGUGUUCAGUGUUGCACUGUUGCACAUGAUGGAGAGGGUGGAGCGCGCAGCCGCGCACACAAGAAGACUGUGCUGAUAGCGCCUCCGGGAUAACAGUGCAGCGUUAUACAUAGUGACUGUUUACAUAUGGGACAAGGAUACAUGCAGCAUAAGGCGGAGAGACACUCAUGUAACACACAGCACAGGGGGCGUGGACCUGCUGCUGAUACUACUCCGGGCAAACACUGGAAAACAGGGAGGAAGUAAGAAAACGGAGGAGGAAGAAGAGUUGGAAAAAGCAGCAAAGCAGCUGCCAGGAGGACGAGAGUAACAGCAGCACCGGAAACGGGAAAAGGAUGAGGCUGGCGCGGCCCCACGGCACCUCUGGCCCCUGCCUGCUCCCUGUGUCCGCCCUGAUUCUAUUUCUGCUGCUGGUCGGCUGCACCAGCUCCUCCAUCAGCCCGCAGGCGGAGAGUUAUUCAAGAAGACCAGCACAUCUAAAAAUGGAUCAAGCUAUUCUAUUAAUCAACUAUGAAUUGCCCAUUGAGAAGCUUACCAUUUAUUGGCGUUCUGAUCAGUGCUACCAGUUCCUGUGCUCCUACGGCUGCCGAAGGAUCAGACAUCAUGAUGUCUCAUUCUCUAUUGAGUGUCCCUAUAGCAGUACCGACAGAGCACUGGAGGAGGAGAGCCAGGGACAGCCGGGCACACUGCGUGCAUAUUUUCCAUUGUGGCGGGCACCCAGCAGUUCACUACAGUGCCUGUAUCAAACCUUAGCUGUAAAAGACCCAACUAAAGAGAGAUCUAGUGAUAUGGCUGUAGUGGAUACUAGACACCCCAUCAACCUGCAAAUUAAUGACACCUCAGGAAAAAGAGAACUCUGCCGGAAGCACUACAGAUUUAGAGAAUUUGGAAAUUACUCCUUGUGGGUAAAGGCCAACCAUUCUAGUACCAAAAAUGUAACAUGUGAAAUAAUUAUCAAUCAAAACCCUGGGUACACCAACCUCCCCAUCAUCAUAGCCUUUCUUAUCUAUGUGGCAGUUUUUAUUGUUCUGUCCCUGGGAUCAUUUUUGUUAAGGCUGAACAGUGUCCAAAACUGGCUAUACAAACGAAUGAAUCCUGUUGAAACUGAUCGUCUCAUUAAUUCUGAGCUGGGAUCACCAAGCAGGGCUGAUCUCGGCAGCCAGGAUGCACACCAGGUUACAUGGAGUAAUGUUCCUCAAAGGCUCCGCUCACUUGACACAUUCAGAGGGCUUGCUCUUAUAAUCAUGGUGUUUGUGAAUUAUGGUGGAGGAGGCUAUUGGUUCUUCAAACAUCAAAGCUGGAAUGGUCUAACACUAGCGGAUCUUGUUUUUCCUUGGUUUGUGUUCAUCAUGGGCACCUCCAUCCAUCUGUCCUUGACCUCAAUGCUACGUAGAGGAAACUCCAGGUGGAAAUUGUUUUGGAAAAUCCUUUGGAGGAGUAUUCAACUUUUCCUUAUCGGAUUAUUUGUCAUAAAUGAAAAUUACUGCCGCGGGCCAUUGUCAUGGAGUGAAAUACGGAUUAUGGGUGUUCUUCAGCGGCUAAGCAUAACCUACCUGGUCGUUUCAGUUUUGGAGUUAUUAUUUACAAAGCCCUUGGCAGAUCCUAUUCCCCAGAAUCGCACAUGUUUUCUUCUGCAAGAUGUGGUCUUAUACUGGCCUCAGUGGCUUAUUAUACUGGUCUUAGAAGCAGCUUGGCUGUGUUUGACUCUCUUGCUACCUGUUGAUGGAUGCCCCAUGGGUUAUCUGGGACCUGGGGGUAUUGGGGAUUUUGGCAAAUAUCCAAACUGUACAGGAGGAGCAGCUCGUUACAUUGAUUACUUAGUUCUUGGUGAAGGGCAUGUUUAUCAACGUCCAUCAUCUAAUGUCAUCUAUAAAACCACAGUGCCUUAUGAUCCCGAAGGCAUAUUAGGAACUGUCAAUUCCAUUGUGAUGGCGUUUCUUGGACUCCAGGCUGGAAAAAUACUUUUGUUUUACAAGAAUCAGCACAAACAGGUGAUAGUAAGGUUCUUCACAUGGAGCCUUGUCAUGGGUGUCAUUUCAGCAAUUCUGACUAAGUGCUCAACAAAUGAAGGUUUUAUUCCAGUGAACAAAAACUUGUGGUCCAUCUCCUACGUGACCACUCUCAGCUGUUUUGCUUUCUUCCUGCUGCUGCUAAUCUAUUUUCUGGUGGAUGUUAAAAGGGUUUGGAUGGGUGCUCCGUUUUUUUACCCAGGAAUGAACUCUAUUCUUGUUUACGUCGGUCAUGAAGUAUUUGAAAAUUACUUCCCUUUCAAGUGGAAGAUGCAGGACAGUCAGUCACAUGCGCAGCACCUUACCCAGAACCUUGUCGCUACUUCCAUCUGGGUGCUCAUCGCCUACAUCCUGUACAGGAAGAGGAUAUUCUGGAAGAUUUGAACUUUCAUCUAGUAUUAACAUUUUAAUGUUACUGUAACCAAAGGAAGUGCCAUUCAGAACGGUUAUUUUUUCUGGGAUGAGUGUAAUAUCUGUACCAUAAAGUCAAAGUCUUACCUGUAAUUACAGUUUAAGGGACUGUUUUUAAUGGGCUCAGUACGAUAUCCCGGCUAACGGGAUGCCGGCUAUCAGGAUCCCGACAGCGUUAGCUGUAAUACCGGCAGCGAGUCCCCGCGCGGGGGUCGCUAUGCUUCGGGCCUGUUGGCGAGCAGUUUUAUUCUCCCUCGGGUGGUGGCAUGGAUCCACCACCUGAGUGGGAAUAAUGGGAGGGCGGACGAAAAAUUUUACUGGCUGUCAGGAUUCCGCCAUCUGUAUCCUGAACGCCGGGAUCCCAACAGUCUGUAUAUUAAUUACAUCCCAUUUUUAACAUGUGUUUUCUUUGUGUUCUGUUGCGUACAUCACAGAGGGAAGGGAGAAAAAGGGAAAGUUCUUUUUACUUUUUUUUUAUAUUUAUCUUUCUAGCCUCGGCAAUUUCAUGUAUGUAUGCAUUAAAGAGUGCAAACACUAAUAUGCUGCAACAUAACUUAUUGUCCACAUAAGUUUCUCUCUUUCAAAAACACUGCAUGUCCAAUACAAACUCAUUUAACAAGAGAUCAACUUAAGGGGAUACGGUCAUUAGGUCGACCACUAUUGGGCGACAUGCAUUAGGGCGACAUGGUCACCAGGUCAAUAUGGAAAAAGGUCCAUAUGAGUUUUUCACAUUUAUUUUUUUUAACUUUUUCAUACUUUACGAUCCACGUGGACUAUGAUUGGGAAUAGUAACCUUGCCCGAAGCAUAACGAGCGAAGCGAGCCAUACAAGGAGACACGGUGCACUAAUUGGGGUUCCCGAUCACUCUACAAAGAAAACGACACCAAAAAAAGUUUUAAAAAAACCUCAUGUCAACCUUGUUCAUGUUGACCUAAUGACCAUGUCGACCAAUAGUGGUCAACCUAAUGACCCAUGCCCCAACUUAAGGUUUUACUUGCAUUGGUGGUCAUUUUAUUCACCUUGACUUACUCAACAAUCUCAAGGUUUUAUAGAAAGCAGAGAAUGAAAAUGUAUAUAUUUUUCUACUACUGUGGAAUUUUAUUUUUAAUUCUGUGUUAAAAUAAUCUGUCCGUGUCCUGUUACAUGUAUUAACUCAUAAAUGUUUGCAGUAAAGUUGAU